AUGGAGACAUACAACGGAAUCGUUCGAACCCCUUCGGACGCGAUCAUCCUCUUCGAAGCCUGCCGCCUAGGUCUUCUGCCACGAGUCCAAAGACGACUGUCCGAGAAGGAGCGGCAGUCGAUCAGAUCUGGAUCGGUCUUCGUGUGGGACGAGCGAGAGGCUGGCAUGCGCAGAUGGACUGAUGGCAAGAGUUGGAGCGCCAGCAGAGUAUCUGGCAGUUUUCUCACAUAUCGCGAGAUGGAAGGCAAGCGCGGCAGCACCUCGUUCAGUACACCUGGCGCUCGCGCGACUAAGACUCCCGAAAGUGGUCAAGCCGAGCCAGAUCUUGGAGAUGCUGAGGAAGGCCUGAUGGCUACCGCUACAAGCCCGACGGGUCAGCAUCUGCACCUAAUCAGCUAUUACUCACGAGCAUCUCCCUCCUCGCAACAACUCCGGCAGCCAACCGCCGACCCCCAGCUAUCAUCGAUACAGCCAGCCAAAGGGAUGUAUCCCGAGUCGACCGUCAAUGAUCAGUCGACUGUCCCGGCCGUGACUAGGUCACCCAUGCCAGGCGCUCCCAAUUACGUUGUCGCUGCUCCUCCAGCUUAUGGUCGAGCUGGGCCUCACCCGCACCCAUAUCUUCCACCAGGAUAUGUUCCGCACCCAGCUUAUAUGGCAUAUCCUCUGAGUCCGAUGCAUACGCCGCCACCUUAUGCUCUCCACUACGCUCCUGCUCCUGGAAUGCAUCCAAUUGGCUACCCAGCGCCUCCCUACGCAACAUCGCACGCCCUGCCGAUGAAUGCAGCACCACCAUCCUCGUACGACCAACGUCCGCAGCUGCGCGAUGCGCUCGGCCGCACAUCACAAUCUGGUCACAGUGCUAGCCCAGCACCCUUCCACCAGAGCAUCCCUCCGCCGCCAAUUACACAGUCUUACUCACAGAGCUCAUACUCCACUGCACCGCCACCACAGCCCGCAGCUGCAGAGUCCGCUUCAGAGCCCCGGAACAGCAGCUUUCAGAUUGAUCCUCGCCUGACGGCCCCGCCUCCAGCGGAACCCAGCGUACGCCCGCCAACUCCUAACUCUGCUGAAGGUGGAGCUGCGGCACCCGUCGCCACCACACCGAUGCAGAGAGUGCCCAGCGCGAAUUCUGGAACUCCAGUUACAGCGAGCCAGGUUCCCAACAUCACUUCUCUGAUUUCUGAGCCUGACGCAUCAAACAAUGAUGCUAAGGCGCAGGCUCCGUCUGCUGCAGAGCGCCAAGGCAGUGCCAGUCCCGGCGGAACAGGAGCACCUCCGCAGGACAUCCCAAGUGAGAAGCUCGGCUUCAGCGCUGACAAGAGGCAUCUGAGCAUGCUUGAUCGAGGAUUCGCUCGCGUCUAG